AUGGUGGACGAUCCACAGAGGAACUUUCGCUCGCACUACUACGAGAAAGUCGGUUUUCGCGGUGUUGAGGAAAAGAAAUCGCUGGAAAUCUUGCUGAAAGAAGAGACGAUCGCCUUGAAUAAACUACAGACGUUUGUUUUGAGAUUCCCCCUCCCCGCCCUCUUUAGACCGCUGGUUUGGAAAGUCUUACUAGGCGUCCUCCCUGUACACAAAGAUGCGCAUGAGUUUGUAAUAAAACAGAAGGAGGAACAGUAUCAGGACAUGAAACAUGCUCUAGUGGUGAUGAGGUACAUCAACAACAGCUCCUCUCUCCCUGAUAUCUUCCUCAAGAUGCAUCAGAUGGAGGAAGGAAGACUGUUACUGGAGGAACCUGAGGAACUCCUGCCAGCUGAUCAGACCUACGUUACCAUAGCGACCAGGAUAACAGAGAUGAUGGAGGAUGAAGUCUUCACCUUCUUCCUGUGUGAGGAGUUUCACAGGAGGUUACAGGAGCCAAAGUUCAAAGAGUCGAUCCCAGUGAUGAUAAAGAGACUAGUUCAGUACCUGCAGACAGAGGAUCAGACCCUGUACACACACAUGCUCAACACUGGCAUCCUGGGGGCUCUGCCGUGUGAGAGGUGGUUCGGAACAUGUUUCGCUCACAUUCUACCUGAAGUCUGUGUGCAAAGAAUCUGGGACAAGGUGAUAGCUGGUUCCCAUCGGUUCCUGGUGUUUGUAGCCCUGCAGCUGCUAGUGACCUUCAGCAGGCAACUUCUCAAGAUCAACAACGUGGAGGGGAUGUUACAGUUCUUCUGUAACCUUCCCGCCGAUAACGUGGACAUGCUCGUAACCAAGGCAACCGAACUCUGGCAAAAACAGGGCAGUCCUUAGUAGUACUGUGUACCGGUUCACUGGACCAGUUCCGCACUUGUAAAAAUGUUUAGGUUCAAGUAAAAACCGAUUCCAGACUUAUCACAAAAAAAUGGCGUAUAUAACGUUACCCCUUUCCUUUCCAAUUAAUCACCUUAAACCUUCCAUAUAAUUGCAAAAUCUGUGCUGCAAA